GACACUUCCUAUAAAGUCAAUGUAUUUGGAAUGUUUGAAGGAGGUGAAAGUAUGCCUCUGAUUGGAGAAGAAAAGACAACACUUGCAGAUGUUCCAGAUGUCUCAGUAUUAACUACAGGCUUAGAAUGUAAAACCAGAGCUGAAGCAGAUAUUGUAUUGCUGGUGGAUGGUUCUUGGAGCAUUGGCCGAACAAAUUUUAAAACAGUCCGGAGUUUUAUUGCUAGCAUCGUCCAAGUAUUUGAUAUUGGCCCAGACAAAGUGCAAGUCGCUCUUGCACAGUAUAGUGGAGAUCCAAGAACAGAAUGGAACCUCAAUGCCCAUCCAACCAAACAGCGUUUAUUGGAUGCUGUGGCCAAUUUGCCAUAUAAAGGAGGCAACACACUUACAGGAAUGGCUUUGAGCUUUAUCUUAAGAAACAAUUUUAAGACUGAAGCUGGCUUGAGGCCUGGAGCUAAAAAAAUUGCUGUCCUCAUUACUGAUGGCAAAUCACAGGAUGACAUAAAUAUUCCAUCAGACAGAUUGAAGGAACAAGGAAUAGAGAUCUUUGCUAUCGGUAUUAAAAAUGCGGAUGUGAAUGAACUGAAACAGAUUGCAAGUGAUCCAGAUGACACCCAUGCUUUCAAUGUUGAAGAUUUUAACCUUCUGGUUAACAUUGUUGAUAGUGUCACCGAUAAUCUGUGCAAUAGCGUGAAAGGAUCAGGUGAUUUGUCUCUGCCUCCCACCAACCUAGUUACUUCUGAAGUGACCCCUCUUUCAUUUAGAGUGUCCUGGACUGCACCCACUGAGAGCGUGGAUAGAUACAGAGUUGAAUAUUAUCCUGCCCGAGGAGGGACACCACAGGAGGUCAGAUUUGGAGGCAGAUUAUUUUGGUUCUUAUUUGGGAUAAAAGUGGAUCCAUCCCAGACCAGCACGCCUCUUCCUGAUCUUUUUUCAAAAACACUCUACCAUGUAGAACUUGCUGCAGAAUAUGACGAAGGGCUGUCUGUGCCCGUAGCAGCAGAAGCCACCACUUUACCUGUACCAGCACCCAUCAAUUUGAGAACAGAUCAAGUAACCACAACUAGUUUCAGAGGUACUUGGGAUCACGGAGCACCUGAUGUAGCUCUCUACAGAGUAAUGUGGGGGCCUUAUGGUGAACCUGAAAAACAGGAGGCCACUGUAGGGGGAAACAAGAACAGCAUCGUGCUUCAGAAACUGCAGCCUGAAACCCCUUACCGCAUUACGGUUUCUUCGAUUUACGCCGAAGGGGAUGGAGGACAAAUAUCAGGAAAGGGCAAGACCAAACCUCUCAACCUUGUAAGGAAUCUUAGAGUUUAUGAUCCAACCACUAGCACGUUAAAUGUCCGAUGGGAUCAUGCUGAAGGAAAUCCCCGUCAGUACAAGGUGUAUUAUAAACCUGUGGCAGGCGGAACAGAGGAAAUGGUAACAUUGCCUGGGAAUACAAACUAUGCUACUCUAAGGAAUCUCCAGUCCGACACCCAGUACAAAGUAACCGUUGUCCCUGUUUACUCAGAAGGUGAUGGAGGUCGGGCGUCUGAUACGGGGAAAACACGAUCUAGAGGUCAAGAAAUAACAGUGCGUGGAUCAGAAACCAGUCACUGUUUUAAGGGGCUUUCACCUGAUACUGAAUACAAUGCUACUGUCCUGGUUCAGACUCCAAAUCUUGAAGGUCCUCCAGUCUCUACAAAAGAACGCACAUUAAUCAAGCCAACUGAACCUCCAACCAAACCUCCAACGCCAGCUCCACCUCCAACAAUCCCACCUGCACGGGAAGUAUGCAAGGGAGCCAAAGCUGAUAUAGUCUUCCUGACUGAUGCUUCUUGGAGUAUUGGAGAUGAAAAUUUCAACAAAGUAGUGAAAUUUGUUUUCAAUACAAUCGGAGCAUUCGACCUAGUAAAUCCAGCUGGAAUUCAGGUUUCCUUUGUGCAAUACAGUGAUGAUCCAAAAUCAGAGUUUAAUUUGAACACCUAUGAUGAUAAAGCCCAGGCCCUGGGAGCUCUUCAGUAUAUUCAGUACAGAGGAGGGAACACAAAAACAGGAAAGGCACUUGCAUUUAUCAAAGAAAAGGUUCUUACAUGGGAAAGAGGCAUGAGGAAAGGCGUUCCCAAAGUCCUUGUUGUCGUAACAGAUGGUCGGUCGCAAGAUGAAGUGAUGAAAGCUGCAGCUGUCAUACAGCAGUCUGGUUUCAGUGUAUUUGUUAUUGGCGUAGCUGAUGUUGAUUACCAUGAACUAGCCAAAAUUGCAAGUCAGCCUAGCGAACGUCAUGUCUUUAUCGUUGACGACUUUGAUGCUUUUGAGAAGAUUGAAGAUAACCUUAUCACAUUUGUUUGCGAGACAGCUACCUCAAGUUGUCCUCUCAUGUACUUGGAUGGAUACACUUCCCCUGGAUUCAGAAUGCUGGAAGCUUACAAUUUAACAGAGAAAUAUUUUUCUUCGGUACCUGGAGUUUCCUUGCAGUCGGGAUCUUUCCCUAGCCACGUGUCAUACAGGCUUCAUAAAAAUGCUUUUAUUAGCCAACCCACUGUCAAAGUGCUAUCAUUCUUUAACAAGGACACAAGAGGAGAAAUUCAGACCGUAGCAUUUGAAGGUGACGAAAUAAAGAAACUCUUUUACGGAAGUUUUCACAAGGUAAACUCAUCUUCUGUAGAUUAUAAUGAAUAA